AUGAAACUCCAAUUGCUUGUUCUAGUCCUUGUUUUUCUGAUGGCCUCUGCAACCUCAAUGGAAUAUUAUGAUUGUUGUGAUGGUUGUUGUGGUUGUUGGUAUCCAAUCAAAGAUAUCAAUGAUCCACAAGUGAUUGAAAUCGCCAAUUUUAUUGUUACUGAAAUUAACAAACAAAUCGGAGCAACGUUGAAAUUUAAAAAAGUCAUCAAAGGGAUAUCCCAGGAUGUCGCCGGCACGAACUACCGCCUCAUUAUUUCCACUACCAAUUUUAUUCCUAACGUUUAUGACGAUGUUGUCUAUGAAUGUACAUGGGAGCACGUUUAUGACGCUGUUGUCUAUGAUUGUCCAUGGUUGCAUGUGAGGAAACUCACAAAAUUUGUACCAGUUAAGCAUCACUAG